CCUGGGGACACCUCUGCUGUUGCCAGGCAAGGUCGCCGCUACAACUACCACCGCCGCCGUGCGGGAACCGGGACUGCCGCGGCCAGCCCUUCUGCUCUCGUGACGCGGAGCCCGAGAGACGGAGUGUGGGGAGGGGCGGAGGCGGAGGUGGAGGGAGCGGCGCUGCCAUGUGGGAGGCGCUAGGGAGCAGCGCCGAGGCAGCGCCGAGGUGAAGGAUGCUGGCGGGGAGGCCCGGAGCCCGGAGCGCGGUGGCGGGACUGGGCCCCGAAUCCUCCGACGCCCUGGACAGAGCCCAGCGCAGCCCUCGGAAGAGCGGCGGGCGUCACCGACCCGGCGCUUACCUAGAUAUGAAAAUCCACCUAGAGAAGAAUUUGGAAGAAGAACGCCAAAUACUACUGCAGCAACAAAAACUAUGUCGCAAUCAAGCACGUAAAUACUUUAUGGAGUCAAAUAGGAGAAAAAAAGCUUUUGAAGAAAAACGAAAAGAACAAGAGGAAAAAGAAUACCAAAUCAGAGAACAGAUACUUCAACAAAGAAAACAGAAGUUUGAAGAAGUUACUGAAAAAUUCCAGCGCGCCCAUAUUCCUCUUUCACAGCGGAGGAAAUCAGUUUUUCAAAAACCAGUUCCUCCAUUAGAAGAGGCCCUCAAACAAAUACAGGAAUCCAAUUUAAAAUCAGAAGGAAAUCUUCCCUCUUUCCACAGACCAACAAUGAAUUGGAGAACUAUAGAUUCUGCCUUGCCUUCAGCAUUGUCAAAAAAUGAUCACAACCAUCAGAAACAACUGUUAUCCAAAAUCAAUUGUAAUAAAGAAAUGAAGGAAAACAUCAGGGCAAACUUUACUACUAAUAAAAAUGUAUACCAGCUUAAACUGGAGGAGACUCAGAGACUCCUAGAAGAUCAGCAUCUAAGCAGUUUGCAAAAAUUUUGUGAUGACGUUAACCAGAUAACCAAUUCUGAAACACUCUCAAGUAUAGACAGUCUUGAGGCUGGACAGCAUGAAGAAAUAUAUUUAACGCUUAAUACGGAGCCUUCUACGUCAGUUCAGCAGAAUACCACUUCCCUCAUAUCAGCAAGUUUGCAAUCAACUAAUCUAAGCUGCCAUGAUGAAGAUAAACUGUCAUUCUCUAAAACUCAACAUAUAAAUAAUUGGCUUACGAAUUUAGAUGCUCCAGAUACUCGGACUGUCACACCUUUCUCAGAAAUUUUAAGUAAAUCCAAUGUUCUACCAUCAUGGGAAUAUUUUAAUAGUAAAGAACAAAAUCAAUCUAAUUUGAGUAGAACUGUGGAAAAAGCCACAAAUACUGCUAAUAAUUCAGAAGCCUUUGUAUGUUGUCCACCCAUAUUUGUACUAGAUAAAAAAAGUGAAAAGACCUCUGAAACUAGCACUAUAAGGACAACUGACUCCACUUCUGAAGCAUUCAAAAAAGAGAAGCCGUUAUUUGCUCAGACCCCAGCAUUUAAAUUCAGCAAAGCCUGUAGCACUUCUGUACCUCAGGAAGUGGCUACAUUUUUGGACCAAGAGAAAUAUUCUGAAUUAACUCAAAAAAAUAGAACUACUUCUGUUCCUACCUCAUGCAUACCAGUGGCAACACCUUUAGUUUUGCCAUCUAAUAUGCAAUCGUCCAGAACAUUAGCAAAGAAUAGUAUAUAUAUAAAGGAAAUCAACCCAAUACAGUGUUUUGAUAAGUUAGAUGAAUUAAAAGAUGUUAAAGAUGAAAAAAUAAAAUAUCUUAAUUGUAAUAAGGGAGAGUUGCCUUUAUUUUCAGACAGUUUUCAAACUGCACACAUACCUCACAAUACUGACUCAAAAGAUGAAAAACAAACAUCAAUAUCAUUGUCUAAUAUAAUUCCUAAUUAUGAUUUAGUUAGCCAGCACCAGAAGAUAAAAUACAACACACAUGAGCAAAAUGGUGUCAGGUUUCUUAAAAGUAUUUUAAAGAAAGAUUCUAAAUAUGAACAUGAUUAUCUUAAGGCACUAAUUGUAAAUCAAGGCUUGAAUUUUGGAAAUAAAAAAGCGGCAGCUAUCAGAGAUAGUAUUGAGUUAAAGAAGGAAAAAGAAAAAGGUACAGAAAUCAUAAAGACUAUUAAAAAACUGAGGUGGUUUGAUGAAGCUAGUGAUAUAGAAAAUGAGGAAGACAGUCGUUCACUGAAGACUAUAAGAGGAAUAACUCAACAGUGGUCUCAACAAUUCCACAUUAAAAGUGGUGCUGGCAGCAAGAUCAUUAAUGUUCCUGCUAGUGCUGCAAAUUCUGCUGACAGAAAAAAGUCCGAGGAUGAUUCUUUCUCUGAAAAUGUCACUGCUUUAGCAGGAUCUGGAACAGACCACGACCCUUUGAACUGUUCUGUACCUUCAGGUCGUAACUUUGCUAAACAAGCCUGGCCAGCCCCCCAAAAAGAGGAAAGUAAGAUCCCUGUACAUAAAGGUGAUACUAAAACUCAGAAAGGUAAUCCACAAAAAGGUGGAGCAAAAGUAAUUAUAAGAACAGGAUCUGCAAAAGUCCCAUCAGGCUAUGUAUAUAAAAACAGGAGAGGCACUGUCAUCCGUCCACAGUCUGCAAGCCAAGUCAGGACAUGUGUACGGACGCAGAGGAAACCAGUUAUGCCACAUCCUCCUCCUAAAUCUACUUCGAAUAUUAGAAGUAGUAAAAAUAUAAUGCAAGUGUCUCAUUGUCAAUCAAUAAUCCCUGAAAAUUCUCAAAACAUUAUGACACAUCACUUUUUUAAUUCAAAACAUGUGCUUCCAAUGGAGUACAAUUUCAGUCGGAGGAAUCAAGAAAGUAGUCCUCCACUCUCAAGUGCCUGUUCUGACCUAGUCGCUGUGAUGCCCUCUCUACCAUCUUACUGUUUUUCUGAAUGCCAAACUUUAGCAAACACCAAUUAUUCAAAUGGCACUCAAACGGUCACCCAGCAAAAUGGGACAACAGGUUGCACCCAAAGAAGUCCUGCUGAAGAAAGUUGUCAGUCUGUGACUCUUAAAACUACUGAAGAAGAAUCAGUCCCUUUGUGGAAAAGAGGACAUAAUAUCCUGCAUCAAAAUGAGAAGGCCGCUGCUUCAUCUUCCUGGGUAUCCGAUGUCCGCAAUAUCAAGUUGUCUCUCAGCAAUUGCAUUAUUAGCGUGCUGUCUUUGUAUGACUCUUCACUUAAUUCAUCAAGUUCAGCAAUGGCUUCAUCAAAAGCUGUCUUUGCAAGACAGCAGGCUUUCUCUGGGGAGUUCAGAAUCUCAUAAUAGAAGACAGAGAAGUGAAGGACCAGACCCAGUCGGAUACAAUGUGCUGGCUGCAUUUCCUUUUUGCUGAUUUCAAAAGCUUCUUGGUAUGCCCGCUGUGACUGAUCCACAAUUCCUUUCUUACCAUCACCGGCAGCAACCUCAGCCAAGUACCAAUGUAGUCUCCUUUCAUUUUCAAAUAGAAGACUUUGCUCUCUGCUUGUGAAGCACUGGGAAUCAAGAACUUUUCCAAAAAGGACAAUACAUGGUUGCAGAUACCUCUCAGUUCGGUCUCAAUUUUCGCUCUGUGUUCUCAAGCCAUCUGCUGUUUUUUCUCAGCACCUUCCGACUUCUGCUCAAUACUCGACACGACCCUCCAAGAUGACCUACAGGCUCCUACAACAUUCUUAUAAGCAACCCAGGGAAGACUCCUCUCCUGGUUGGAUAAUGCAGCUCCUUGCUGAGUUACAGACUGCCUGCAGGCUGUCGUGUCAUCGUAUCGCUCGCUCAGCCUGCACGGCCAGUUUGGCCUUCUGAACCGGCUCGUUUUUAUGCAUGACUGGAUGCUGUGUGUCCGCAGUGGGUGGCAGAUGGACGGACGGGCCGGGGCUCAGCAGUCUGGGCGGCGGCGGCCAGGCGGAGACUCAGUCCCGGGAUCUCGCUGCUCACAGGCUACAGCCGCUCCGCAGACACGGGGUUUCCUCCCUAUACGUCAGUUUUUUAAAUAGCCAAAUGAUGUUAACACAAGUAGUUUGAAAUCUGAUUCCAAAAAGAACGCAUUUUUUUCCUUUUCCAGUAAUUAUUAAGAAUAUCUUCAAAGAAUCAAAAAUUUGAUUACUGGAAAGAACCAAGGAGACAAUUUCAUUUAACUUAUGUAUUUCACUGAUGAAAUUAAGACACACAGUAGUGAAAUUACAUAGUCCAAGAUGACCCAACUAGUUCAAAGCAUAACCAGGACUUCCUAUCGCAGCUGCAGUGUUCUUAGAAUAAAUCUAGAUUCCAUGAGAUCAAUGAUUUGGUCAGGCACAUGAGGCAGGCCAGGAGCAGUGACUCACACCUGUAUUCCUCACACUGGGAGGCCAAGGCGGGAUGAGGGGUGAUUGCUAGAGGCCAGGAAUCCAGGAAUUUGAGACCAGCCUGAGCAACAGGGAGACCUAGUCUCUACAAAAAAAUAAAUAAAUAAAUAGAAAAUUAGCUGGAAUGUAGUAGCAGGUGCCUGUAGUCCCAGCUACACAGGAGGCUGAGGCAGAAGAUCUCUUGAGCUCAGGAGUUUGAGGUUACAGUGAGCUGUGAUGAUGCCACAGCAGUCUAGACUGAGUGACAGAGUGAGUCCCUGUCACUAAAAAAGUGUUAAAAGACAUGGAAACAAAUUAUUCUAGGUAAAAAUUAUAUAACAUUUAUUAUGUGCCAAUCACUAUUCUAUGCACUUUACCUGGAAACGAAGUUAAUUCUAGAAAGUCUAGAAAGUAAAUAUAUUAUCCUCCCACCCCCAUUUCAUAGAUGAUGAAACUGAGCCAUAUAAAUAAAUAACUUGUAUAAGUCCCAUAACUAGUAUCAGUGGCAUACCCAGAAUUAAGUCACUGGGUCACUAAGCUGUGUUCUUAACUACUUCACUACUUUGUUGUUGUUAACUCUGAAUAACCACAAGUUUUUUGGUAAUAUACAUGAAAAAAUUCUACAUUAAUUAUACAAUUUGUGGAUGGUACAGAGUAACAAAGGAAAGCAUUGAUAAAAGAAGGUAGAAGCAAGAGUCAAGGCAGAAGCAAGAUUCAAAAUUAUUUUAACUGAAGAAUCAAAACCAAUAAAGUUCACUUUUGCAGAGGUAACUCUAACAUUACAUACAUUCAUAUUCAAUUUUACUUUUUAAAAAUUUUUAAUCGUGAUAUCUUAAAUACAAAAUAUAUGGAAUAUAUAAGAACGAGUUAGAAACUAAUAAUAGGCCUCUGUAUCCUACUGCCCAGUUGUAGAAAGUCACUGAUACCUAUGAAGCCCCGUAUGCCCCUUCUUGGUUUCAUCGCCUUCUGCCCUUACAGAAGGGGAUGGAUUCUACCAUAGGAAUUUCAUAGUUCUUUUUUUUUUUUUAAUUUGAAUUGAUUUUUUUUAAUUUUUUUUAAUUAACUAAUAGCUGUGUACAUUAAGGCAAUCAUGGGGUACAAUGUGCUGGUUUUAUAUACAAUUUAAAAUAUUUUCAUCAAACUGGUUAACAUAGCCUUCACAGCAUUUUCUUAGUUAUUAUGUCAAGACAUUUAUAUUCUACACUUAGUAAAUUUCACAUGUACCCUUGUAAGAUGCACCCUAGGUGUGGUCCCAACGAUUACCCUCCCUCCACCCAUCCUCCCCCUCCCCUCCCUCCCUCUCCCCUUUCCCCUUCUUGGCCUAUAAUUGGGUUAUAGCUUUCAUAUGAGAAGACCAAAAAUCACAUUAUAACAAAGAUAUUUGUACCAGAAUGUUUACUGCAGCCCAAUUCAUAAUUGCUAAGUCAUGGAAGAAGCCCUAGUGCCCAUCAACCCAUGAAUGGAUUAAUAAACUGUGGUAUAUGUAUACCAUGGAAUAUUAUGCAGCCUUUUUGUUUGUUUUUGAGACAGUGUCUCACUCUGUUGCCCUGGGUAGGGUACCAUGGUGUUAACCUAGCUCAGGGUAACCUCAAACUUAAGAGAUCCUCUUGCCUCAGCCUUCUGAGUAGCAGGAACUACAGGCACCCACCAUAAUGCCUGGCUACCUUUUCUGUGUUUAGUAGAGAUGGGGUCUUGCUCCUACCUUGGCCUCCCAGAGGGCUAGGAUUACAGGCGCAAUCCACUGUGCCUGGCCAGAAUUUCAUGUUAAUGAUUCCAUACUUUUUUUUAUAAUUUUACCACAUUUGAAUGUAUCCCAAACAAUGUAUUGUUUAGUAUUAUCUAGUUCUGAAACAUAUAAAUGGAAUCAUUUCAUUUGUAUUCUACUGGGAUUUGCUUAUCUCAGUCAACUUUGCUUUUUAGAUUAGUUUAGCUGUACUUCAUAUUCAUUGCUGUAUUACAUUUCAUUAUAUAAAUGUACAAAAACAUUCAUUUUCUUAUCACUACACAUUUGGGUUGUUUCUAGUUUCUUUUGUGAAUAAUGCUUCUGAGAACAAGUUUGUACAUCUACUAAUGCACAUGUUGCUGGGUCACAGGGUAUAUUUCUUUUCAACUAUACUAGAUAAUCCAAAUUGUUUUCUAGAGUAAUAUGAAAGUUCCCUUUAUUACAUCCUCACCAAAAUUCUGAUUAACUUUCUAAUGUAUUUUCAUCUUACAUGUUUAAAGUAAUUUCUAUGUGUGGCAAUCUGCAUUACCUUGCACACUAAUGGGCGGAGCAUUUCUCAGAGGUUUAUGCAUCAUUUGCAUUUCCUCUUCUAUGAAAUUCCUGUUCUUUGCUCAUUUUUCUAUUUUUUUCCAUAGAUAUAGAUUAUAUGUGUUGCAAUUAUUCUCUGCCAGUUGGUUAUUGGUAUUUUCUUUUUGAUGAAUAAAA